AUGGUACUGCUGAGCCCAUCAAUCAGUGCUAUGAGAAGGCUCGUCCGAAUCUGUGAAGAUUAUGCGGUGGCUCACGGUCUCAGGUAUAACGCCGUGAAGAGUGAACUCAUGGUGUUCAAGGCCGGAAAUAAGACUUACGACGAUGUGCCGCCAGUUACACUGGCGGGCGUCGAGUUGUCUAGAGUCACACGUUUUAAAUACCUGGGACAUUGGGUCACCGAUAAUUUAACAGAUGAUGUGGACAUUGAGAGGGAGCGUAGGGCAUUGACAGUUAGGUGUAAUAUGUUGGCCCGUAGGUUUGCGCGAUGUUCAGCGGAUGUCAAGAAAACAUUGUUUCGUUCGUAUUGCCAGUCGCUGUACACGUGUGCCCUAUGGGUCCGCUAUACACAGAGCUCGUACGGUGCCCUGCGAGUCCAAUAUAAUGACGCGUAUCGGGUUAUGGUGGGGCUGCCGCGCUUUUGCAGUGCAUCGGGGAUGUUUGCCGAGGCAGGUAUACCUGAUUUUCACUGUAUAAUACGCUCACUGAUGCGGCGAGUGCGCGACAGCUCCAACAAUCUCGUUGCUACUGUGGCUAGUAGGGUUGACAGCCCUAUCAUGUGGCACUGGAUGACGACUCACAGACCGUCAUUCAGAUAUGUAAAAUAA